AUGGGGGACAAAAAGGAGAUGGGGGAUAACAAGAAGGAGAAGAGAGAGAAGAGGCUUGCGCGAAAGCUUGAAAUGGCUGAAGCUUCGUUGGCCGAGGGCAAGCUAGUGGAAGGCAAGCCGGCUAACGCCAACCCAGACCUGGUCGGUGAUCUCUCCAAAUAUCAGGAACAAGCGGGAGCGAUUGCAGAUGCCAUAUUAGGCUCGCCCGCUCUGGUGAAUCCGAAGCCCGAACCGGAGGAGAAGAAGAAAAAGAAGAAAAGAUCCAAGAAGGACGAAGGAUUCGAUAAAACAGGAGGUGCGGCUCAGGAAAAAUUGAAGAAAACCGAGGACUCAACAAAGGCUGAUGCAAGUCAUGGCGAAAGUGGUCAUGGCGAAAGUGGUCAUGGCGAAAGUGGUCAUGGCGAAAGUGGUCAUGGCGAAAGUGGUCAUGGCGAAAGUGGUCAUGGCGAAAGUGGUAAGCAAGAGAACAGACCUGCUGCCGGCUCCGCUGUUAGCCCCGCCGCCAGCCCGGCUGCCGGUGCCAGUGGUGAGGAGUUGUCUAUACCUUUAUGUGGCGAAGAGACAACUAUACCGCAGCCUUCGGGAAAUUUGGAGUUGGUUUGUACUUCCCUGUAUGUGAUGAUGAGUGAGCAGAUGCAUUGUUUGGCGCGUGUGCGGGACAUGAUUGCGCCGCUGGUAUCGGCGGACGUUGUCAAGGUAUGCCAGCGGAAGCGGCCUGGCAUCAAGUUGUCGACCGCUUCGCCAACUACGCCCAAGAAGCGAAGACUGAAUGGGUAUCAAUUCUUCUGCAAGGUUCGACGACAAGAAACGGAAGACCAUAUGACACUCCAGGAACUCAGCGCCUCCUGGGCGCUUCUGUCUUCCGAAGAAAAAGAAAAAUACAAAGCUCUCGCCUUGGAGUCUGGUCAAGAACAAGUCUCAGGCCAAGAUACGCUUACCGGCCAGGAACAAACUACGGACCAAAUCACCGGCCAGGACGGCCUGGUGGACGGGCUGCUGGCCACCGAUCCAACUGCCUCCGAACUGCGGUAA